UUUAGAGAUGCUACUGAUAUCUAUUCAAGAUUGUUUAACCCCAGAGCAGCCUCACAAGGACUGACCAAUAACUUUGUCAAAGAGUUUGAGGAAAAGAGAGGGGAGAAGGAGAUAAUAUCUUUGUCACCGACACACGAGGUUGUAUUAGACUGCAGGGAUCCAGCAUUACAUUCAAGCCUAGAAAAUUUAAACAAUAAUGUUACACUCCUCAAAGAAUCAGUUACCAAAACAUUGCAAAUGUCACAGGGAAUCAGAGGCGGAAUUCUACAGGAUUCUGAUGAAAAAAAGGUAGAUUGGAUAGAAUCACAGAGACAAAUCAGAGAGCAACAGUGGAAUGAAUUUAAGCAGGCACAAGUUGUUCGAAGCUCUCGUGUUGAUACAGAAUUUAAAAUCAAAAUAGAUUACCUAAAGAAACAUUAUACUGAGUUGGAGGAUAAACUAAAAGAAGGAGCUAAUCAAGUGCUUUGA